AUGUUGUCAACGAAGCGUGUGUUGCGCGCAGAAUUUGGGAUGCUCAGCAACGGUGUUUGCAAAAAAAAUCGUUGUUGUGAACGUGAUAAGAAGUUUGUAGAUGAAUUUUCUCAUACAUACCGUUGCCAAAGUUGUGGUCGUUGGCUAUGUUCUAAAUGUGUUGAAAGAAAUGAAUCCCCUGUUGUUGUUAUUGAUGAUGUUGAUCAGUCAGAUAAUAUGAAGGGUAAUACUAAUGAUUCUUCUAGGAUGAUGUGUGUUAAAUCUUGUAAGUUAUGUUGUGAUGGGGUUAAUACGAGGCGUGAAAGUGGAGGAAGGAAUUACUAUGAGAAAGUGCAUCCUUCUGAGUCUCUCCGGGAGAGCCCGGAAACACCAUCCCCUUGUUCUGUGGAUAGUGAAUCUAUCAAGAGUGAUGAUCUUGGCCGAUGUCUUGAAACCCCUGAAUGUGGGUUUUCUCUGCAAGCAACUGGCAAGAGUACGAAUUCGUUUAGCAUCCAUCCUUCUCCAGUAUCUACUCGGCGAUCUCCCAGCAGGAGUGACGAAGAAGAUGCAGAUGAUUCCGGUAAGCACUUUUUGAGCUGUUCCGUUGAAUAUUAUCAAGAUGUUUCGGACAUAGAUUCAAGUAGUAUUAGUACUAGAUAUGAGUUUUAUGGUUUUAAAUCUGUGGGAUCAAGUCCUUCAGUCAGCCCCUCUAGGAACAAUUUUACUCCUAGAGUUGGGCACUCUGUACAGUGGAGACAAGAAGCGAUCCCAAUGUCUCAUUAUGUUGAUCCCUUUGAUCACGAUAACAUGGCUGUUUUAAGAAAGCCAGAGACAGAGAGUGAGGAACCAGAGAAUUCUGAUGAUUACUCUGAUGACAUGUCUAUUUUUCCUAAUCAAUAUGCAAAGUCUCAAAAGCCAUUGGAUUUUGAGAAAAAUGGUCUAAUAUGGUAUCCUCCACCACCUGAGGAUGGGGAUGAUGAGGAAGAGAGUAACUUCUUUACGUAUGAUGAUGAAGAUGAUGAUAUUGGGGAUUCUGGUGCAAUGUUCUCAUCAAAUAAGCUUUCCAGGAUGUUCCCAGCAAGGGAGAAACAAAAUGGGGGAAACAAAGAACCCCUCAGAGCUGUAAUACAGAGGCAUUUUAGGGCUCUUGUGUCACAACUGUUACAGGGUGAGGGUAUCAAAGUUGGUAAAGAGGAUAAUGCUGGGGACUGGCUUGACAUUAUCACAGCAAUAGCAUGGCAAGCAGCAAAUUUUGUGAAACCAGAUACUAGCAGAGGAGGCAGUAUGGAUCCUGGGGAUUAUGUGAAGGUUAAGUGUAUAGCGACAGGAACUCCCAGUGAGAGUACCCUUGUCAAGGGAGUGGUCUGUACAAAAAAUGUAAAACACAAGCGCAUGACCUCACAAUACAAAAAUCCUAGAUUACUUCUUUUAGGAGGAGCCCUUGAAUUUCUGAAAGUUCCAAAUCAGCUGGCAUCGUUUAGUACAUUACUUCAACAGGAAAAUGAUCAUCUCAAGAUGAUCAUUGCAAAGAUUGAGGCUCUUCGCCCCAAUGUCCUUCUGGUAGAAAAGAGUGUGUCUUCAUAUGCCCAAGAGUAUCUACUUGCAAAGGAAAUUUCACUAGUGCUUAAUGUGAAAAGGCCAUUACUGGAGCGUAUAGCAAGGUGUACUGGUGCUCUUGUUUGUCCAUCAAUUGAUAAUUUAUCUACUACACCAUUGGGACACUGCGAACUGUUUCAGUUGGAGAAAGUAGCUGAAGAACAUGAGAUGGCCAAUCAGUUUAACAAGAAACCAUCAAAAACACUGAUGUUCUUUGAAGGCUGUCCCAGGCGAUUAGGUUGCACGGUCUUGCUGAGGGGCAGAUCUCGUGAAGAACUAAAGAAGGUUAAAAAUGUUGUCCAGUAUGCUGUUUUUGCAGCCUAUCACUUAUCCCUUUCACCCUGGCAGUCAUAUGGCUCUCUUGACCUGGAUUAUAUCCAUUAUGGAAGUUUUGGCUCUGAAGAUGCCUCAUCAUCUGAUGGUGCCUUGUUUUCAGAUAUGAAAAGGUCUCCACAUUUAACAGUUCCUUUUGGAGAUGAUUCUUCCGCUGCUGGUGGCAAAGUGAAGUUUUCGGUGACAUGUUAUUUUGCUAAACAGUUUGAUUCACUUAGAAGAAAAUAUUGCCCUAGUGAAGUGGAUCUUUUGCGUUCCUUGAGCCGCUGUCAGAAAUGGAGUGCACAAGGGGGAAAGAGCAAGGUGUAUUUUGCCAAAUCAUUAGAUGAGAGAUUCAUUAUAAAACAAGUACAAAAGACGGAGUUAGAAUCGUUUAAUGAAUUUGCAGCGGAAUACUUCAAGUAUUUGACAGAUUCUCUUAGCUCAGGAAGCCCGACUUGCCUUGCAAAAGUUCUUGGUAUUUAUCAGGUCUCUGUAGAACACCUGAAAGGUGGCAAAGAAACAAAAAUGGAUCUUAUGGUGAUGGAGAACCUACUUUUCAGAAGAAAUAUCUCAAGGGUUUAUGAUCUUAAGGGCUCUUCAAGAUCACGGUGCAAUCCAGAUACAACAGGGACAAAUAAAGUACUGCUAGAUAUGAAUCUGUUAGAAACACUGAGAACAGAGCCCAUUUUUCUUGGAAGCAAGGCAAAGAGAAGUCUUGAGAGAGCUAUUUGGAAUGAUACAUCUUUUUUGGCAUCUAUUGCCGUCAUGGACUAUUCAUUGCUAGUUGGAGUGGAUAAGGAGCGCAAAGAGCUGGUUUUGGGAAUCAUUGAUUUCAUGAGACAGUAUACCUGGGACAAGCACUUGGAGACAUGGGUUAAGGCAUCUGGUAUAUUAGGUGGGCCAAAGAAUGCAUCCCCAACAAUUAUUUCUCCCAAACAGUACAAGAAAAGAUUCCGGAAGGCUAUGACUACUUAUUUUCUCACGGUACCUGAUCAAUGGACUUCAUGAUCUGUAUCAUCAUUGAUUCAUUGUUUUAUAAUAAGGCAUAAAAAGUUGUAAUUGCUGAUGAAUGAGAAGGAGCUCUCUACCUCUCCCACGGGUAUUGUUCUCUUUUAUCCCUUU